AUGAGUCGUGUCAUAGAGACGCUCGCCAUCGAGCAUGGCAUCUCAAUAUCCGAUAAUACCCUCAAACGCAACUUGAAUGCUUGGGGCAUUCAUGUCCGUCCACAUAUCAAAGUGACCCCUGAGAUGAGACAACGGAUAUACGACCUCUUCUACCAAGAGCGCUAUUAUACCGAUCAGCAGAUGGCCAAGAUACUCAGGCGAGAAGGCUUUGUUGUUUCGUUUCGUAAGUUGGCGAAACUACGCAAAGAAAUGGGCUUGUCCAAGAGAAAAGACACCAUCAUACCUGCAAAUCCUAUUGUCCCGGGAGAAGCGAUACGGAUAGAUGAUGAUGCUUCUUCGUCGUCGGAAGAUGAUGAUGAGGAUCACGUAGAAGAGGAUGAAGAUGACAUGGAUGUUGACCCGUUCACGGCUUUGGAGAAUGCCCUACGUCCUCAGCAAUCCAACCAACAACCCACUCAACAGCCACCUCAACAGCCCGCCGCCGUUCAGAUCAGAGAACCAGCGUGGAGGAAGAAGCGGCCACACAACGUUGAUAGACCCAUCCAUCAAGCACCCAGGAUUUCUACAACCUUCACCGACAGCAGACACUCUCCAAUCCCGCCCACACGAUCUAUGGCUCGCUCACCCACACCUCCUCUACUUCUCGACGACACACUCGUACCUACAGAUACAGCGCGAAUCUACUCCCAGCCACCCGCAGGCGGCCAAGGCCUCGCAAGGCGAGUCACCACUCUAGCCACACGCAUCGAAGCCGUCGAGACCGAAAACACAAGUCUUAAACAGCAGGCCGAACAACAGCAGACUGAAAACCAAGAGCUAAGGCAACUGGUACAGCAACAGAGGAGUGAGAUGGACAUGAUGAGAGCUUCGUUGAACGAGCUCAUUACCAGAUUCAAUGCUGCCCACUAUCAGAUUUGA